AUGUUCAGACUGACCAUCAUUCUCACCUGCCUGGCAGCUCUCCUCCAAACCUCCAUGGUGGCCUCUGCUCCCAUUCCUGAUGAGUCAACGGGGGAGACAGACGCCAUCCUUCCAGGAUACGGUGACCAUUUCUACGGCGAUUUCGGUGGCCGAAUUCGAUAUCCCCAGCUUAAGGGAGGAAUUGAGCACACUGGCCUAGCCAACCUUGCAGAUAAUGUUGGAGAUGCCCUGGCUUCUGUGGGUGCUGGCCUUGGAGGUCUGCUGUAA